UGUUUCUCUACCCAACAUAUAUACUAUAAAGAUCUCCAUUGAAAACACCUUACUGGCUCAGCUUGGAACGAUUAUUAGACUUGGCAGAAAGAAUGGAGAAAAAGGAUCCCGUUCUUUCAGUUUCAUUUAUCAUUUUCCUACUGCUAAUCCCAAUAUGUAAUGCUCAAACAAAGGGGAGACUGGCGACAGUAUUAAGUAUUGAUGGAGGUGGAAUAAGAGGCAUCGUACCUGGUGUAGUUUUGGCCCACCUUGAGUCCAAACUCCAGGAAAUAGAUGGUUUGAGUGCAAGGAUUGCUGAUUACUUUGAUGUGAUUGCGGGAACGAGUAGUGGAGGUCUGAUCACCACAAUGUUGACAGCUCCAGGUGCUGAUAACCAACCUGUGUAUGCUGCAAAAGACAUUACAAGCUUUUACAUGGAGCAUGGCCCCAGAAUAUUCCCUCAGAGCAGACGAAACAAGUUUGUGGACAGUAGUGUGAAAUUGUUUAAAGGUCCGAAGUAUGAUGGGAAGUACCUGAAAGCCCUGGUGAGAAGACUACUAGGCAAUCUGACUGUGAGCCAGACCUUGACAAAUGUGGUGAUUCCUGCAUAUGAUAUCAGGCGCCUUCAGACAGUAAUCUUCAACACCAAAGAUGGACAGACAAAUGCAACCAAGAAUGCUCUGUUGUCCGAUGUCUGUCUAGGAACCUCUGCAGCCCCAACGUUUCUCCCGCCCCACUACUUUGAGAUAAAAGAUGCAGAGGGGAAUAUAAGAACCUUUGAUCUUGUUGAUGGAGGGGUGGCUGCAAAUAAUCCAACUCUAGCUGCAAUUAUGCAGAUUUCAAAAGAAAUCUUGCUGGGGAAGUUUAAAUUAAUGGACAUGCAACCACAGGACAAAGACAGACUGCUUGUCCUGUCUUUGGGCACUGGUUUAUCGAAGCAGGAAGAGAAGUAUAAUGCAGCAGAUGCAACCAAAUGGGGAAUGCUCAGAUGGGUAUACAACAAUGGAGCUUCUCCAUUGAUUGAUAUAUAUGGAGAUGCUAGCUCAGACAUGGUGGACAUCCAUGUCUCAACUACUUUCCAGUCUCUGGGAAAUGAACAAAAUUACCUUCGUAUUCAGGAAGAUAAUUUGGCCGGUGACGCAUCAUCUCUUGAUAUUUCAACCAACAACAAUAUGAAGACACUGGUAGAGAUUGGUAAUAAACUGCUUAAGAAGCCGGUUAUGAGAGUGAACUUGGAUACGGGCAGGCCAGAGCAAGUUCAAGGAGAGGGCACAAAUGGAGAUGCUCUGUCCCGGUUUGCCCGACUGCUAUCCAAUGAGAGGAAGUUCAGACAAGGAAGUUAGAAGAAGUGUUUGCUGUAGUUAAGUGGUGAAUAAAAACUCUAGGCAACAAGUUAUACACAGAUGUUUCUUCUAAGCUCUGUUAGUAGUUAAGAAUCUAUUCCAGUACUUUUUGUAGUAAUUGCUCCUGUUAAUCUAGCAUCAUU